GUGUCUAUGGCCAAAGGGGCGGAGUUGUGGAUCGGUGACAGGCCUGUAGAGAACAACAGUUAAGAUGUCAUGGGAGCAGGUGCCGUAGACAGUGCGGGCGUGCACCCAGGAGGCCGGCGUUCAGUUCAGGGGGUCUUGCGGUUUUCUCCCUCUGCCUGUUAUCUCAGUUCCAGCAGCGGUACUGCAUGCCAGGCCCUGACAAGUGACUGUUUUAUGUGGCAGAUGACUUAUUCGCCGCGGGCUCAUCAUCUGCUUGGUCGCAUACUUUACACAACAUGAGCGGGCAGCGGGUUGAUGCCAAGGUGGUGAUGCUGGGGAAGGAGUCAGUGGGGAAGACCAGCCUGGUGGAGCGAUAUGUCCAUCACCGCUUCUUGCAAGGACCAUACCAAAACACUAUUGGGGCAGCAUUUGUUGCCAAGGCUUUAAGUGUUGGAGGCCGUAAUGUGACAUUGGGAAUUUGGGAUACUGCAGGCUCAGAACGUUAUGAGGCUAUGAGUCGCAUUUAUUAUCGGGGAGCUAAAGCUGCUAUUGUCUGCUAUGAUCUCACAGACUGCAGCAGUUUUGAAAGGGUAAAAUUUUGGGUAAAUGAGCUGCAGAACUUUGAAGAGCAUUGCCGGAUAUACAUUUGUGGAACAAAAAGCGACUUGGUCGAAAUCGACAAGAGUAUGAGACAAGUUGACUUUCAUGAUGUGCAGGAUUAUGCAGAUGAGAUUAAAGCUCACCUCUGUGAAACAUCUAGUAAAACUGGACAAAGUGUAGAUGAACUUUUUCAGAAGGUCGCAGAAGACUAUGUGAAUUAUAGUAAUUUCCAAGUCCAAACAGAGCCAAAAGGAGUGGACUUGGACUCUAGGAGAGACUUGACUUCUUAUGCCUGCUGCCAUCACUAGAGAAGAAUGAGCAUAUGUCCUUUACAUCUCUUGACUGUCUUUGUGCUAAUAAUAUAUAUAAUUAUUUUUUUCUUCUUUAAAGUAUAUGGUGUGUUGACAUCUGCCCAGUUAUUGCAACAUCAAGCGUCCAUGCCUUCUUUGGUAGAAGUUGCCAUCUUCCAUGUAUGCCAAAUAAGCUAUUUAUGCACGCUAUGUGAUGUAACAUAAAGGGACAAUGUUACAUUGAACAUAAAUGAUGGAAAAGGAAAACCUCUUGACACACUGGGCGUCUUAGUCAUUUGCAAAGAAAAAAAAAAAGAAAAAACUUGUAAGGGUUAGAUAGUUUCUUAUAACAGAAACUUUGCGCAAGAAUGCAGUAAGAGGACUACACAAU